AAGAGGAAGAGAAGAGAACGAGGGGACCCACCACCGAAACGGCAGAAGCGACGGGUUGGGCCGGCCGUCUACAACAACGCGUGACCCGAUAUCGCGGGGAUGAACAAGUCCGCGCAUCCCCUCGUAUACGACUUGGCCGAAGGGCUUUGACAUGUGACCGAAGACGUGUGUAUCACCUGGGUGCAUCCGUCCGUCGGCAUCUGCGAGUUUCUGCGAGGACUUCGCGAUCAACCACGUGGCGAUUCGCGUUGCCGAAUGUCGUGAAGCAAAGUGGCGCAUGGCUAGAUAAAGGUCUCGUCGAGAUAGGGAAACCGGGCGGCAUGGGUCUGCCGCGUUUCUCCCUAAAGAGAUACUUUUUCUACGUGCUAUGUCUGACGGGUACGCUGCUUGUCCUACUGAAUUUACUGCAGGACGAGAUAUGGCACAGCGUACGACCACAUCCUCCUGGGCAGCCGCAGCAGUCCGCCCUUCGAACUGCCGGCGACGGGCCGAAGAUGAAACCCGAUUGGCCUUUGAAAUCGAAGAAGCCGACGAUGCGAGUAUUACGCACUCGAGAGCAAGUGAAGAAAAGACUUCCGUUCGAGGCAUUCAAUAUAAAUGGAACCAGUUUGGGCGAAAACUCGAUAGACCUGGAUCCAACGCGAAGACCUUGGUACAUGAAAGGAGGAACCAGAAGACCUUUUCCGGCAAGGAGAGCUCGCAAUACUGGCCGAAGAUUGGCUCAAUUGUGGCCCGAGGAAAAUGUUUACGAUGAUCGUGUGACGAAUCAGUUAAUGUUCCUGCCGCCCGAUUACAAUAGAACAGGCGGCGAGCAUCCGCUGAAGAAGAUAAUGAUUCCUCACGGAAUGGCCGAGGCCAAAGUCGGUCCUGACAUUUUCUUCCAACAACGUUGCCCAGUGAAUACCUGCACGAUCGUCCGCGACAAUCCGGACAGCGCCGAUCUCAUUCUAUUUAAGGAUUACAUCACGCACGUGGGACGAAGAUCUAACAGUCAGGUGUGGAUGCUGUAUUUUUUAGAGUGCCCUUAUCAUACGCAGAGCGUCAAGAAUGCCCUUAUCAAUUGGACCGCCACAUAUCGGCGUGACAGCGAUAUAGUGGCACCUUACGAGAGGUGGCAAUAUUAUGAUUCCAGUAUCACACAGAUUCCACAAACGUUUAAUUAUGCGGCAAACAAAACGAAAAAGGUCGCCUGGUUCGUUUCCAACUGCCAUCCCCGAAAUCAACGCAUGAAUUAUGCCAGGGAACUCUCGAAAUACAUCCAGGUGGACAUUUACGGUGCGUGCGGCAGUCUACGCUGUCCGCGAUCGCAGUCGCAAACCUGCUUCGACAUGCUCGACGAGGAUUACAAAUUCUAUCUCGCGUUCGAGAACUCCAACUGCAAGGACUACAUCACCGAAAAGUUCUUCGUCAACGGACUCGGACACAACGUGCUGCCCAUUGUGAUGGGUGCCCAUCCGACUGAUUACGCUCGCAGCGCGCCGUAUCGUUCUUACAUCCACGUGGACGAGUUCGAGUCGCCCAAGGAGCUCGCCGAGUACCUGCAUCGGUUGGACCGCGACGACGAUCUGUACAACUCGUACUUUCGCUGGAAGGGCACCGGCGAGUUCAUCAACACGUACUUCUGGUGCCGGGUGUGCGCCAUGCUGCACGACGACCGUCUGCCCAAGUAUUACAAGGACGUGAACGAGUGGUGGCGGGGCGAGGGUGUUUGCACGACCAGCUCGUGGCGCGAGCACGACCUCACGCGUUCGCAGAGUCAGCGAAAUACCUGAGGAGGAAGUCGAGCGAGGAUACGAUCGAGAGGCUCUUCCGGCGGGGCUACGGCGAGUUCCCGUGCGUGUUGUCCGCCCGACAACACCCCGUUGCUCAAUAUUCUACAAACAAUUCCGAUUCUUCCAAAAUAGAACGAUGCCGAGAAGAAGUUGAGCGAUAUCCAAGAGCGCGUCUCGCGUCUAACGAGCUAACUCGAGAGCGAAUUGAUUCCGUCGUAUACGACAAGUGUUGGACAGAGUUACACACAGUUCUAAGACGAGACUUAGGCGAUGCGUGAUCUCGCGCGUCCCAGUUUCUCGCGAGUACUCUAGCCAUCCUCCCCGAAGAAGGUAUUAAUAAGAUCCUUCGUUAGCGAGAUAUGUUACGCAAUUUUUUUCCACUCGGCUGUUUUUCGGAGCGUUUGAAAGUUUGUGCGUUUGUGCGAUAAAAAAGAGAAAUUCCUUUUGUAAAUGAGUAUGGUUAUAGGUAAACUUUCCGUUUCAAAGAUGGCAGUUUACGUGCCUAAUCGUCAAAUCUUCCAAAAUAAUGUUUCUAUAUGGUUUUUUUUUUUCCGAACAAUAAGCUGAAGCGGAAAUCACGAGGGGUAAUUUCACAAAAAUGGUCAUGAGAGGCUGUUGAGGUCGUUUUAUAUCAUGACAACGUUUGUACGGGGAGAGGAAUUUGUGACGCUCGUAAAAAUUUGAGGAGCCCGUUAAAGCGUAGCGGAGACACAUUGUGUGACACAUAUUGUAAGAAUAAAACGCGAUAUAUUUGUUCUCUAGAAGGGCUCGAUUCCCGCCGCACGUUUAAUAAUGAACGCAACUGUCCGAUAAAUAAUGAAACUUUUCAGAAUUAGAAUCACGUUUGCUAUUAAAUAUACGAUGAGAAUAUACGAAUUAAUAUAUAUAUACGGAAUUACAUAGAAUCAUUGCGGAUAAUCUCCCAACUACAUGUAUAUUAGAGGACCAAGUAACAAAAAACAGAAUGAUUAUUUAAAUCUCCAGAUAUCGAUAAUUUUGGCAUUAAUCGCUAUCAAAAAAGAUUUCUAAAGAAUUUCUAAAGAUUUCUAAAAAUAAAGCCUCAUAUAUAUAAAAAAAAUUUAAUUUCGAUUGGAUCUUGAUAAAAGUUUUAGUACAGGUUUAAUUAUGUGAAUAUUUGACGCUGGAAAAUUUAAACACUCGUGAAUUUUCCACAAAAUUUUUACUAAAUAAAAAUUAAUCGUAAAUUUAUCAUAAAAGCUAUAGUUGGGAGAACAGUUGAUUGACCUAAAACGUAUUGUACGAAGAAUUGCAAUUCGAUAAUUGAGAGAAAAUAAGCAGCUGCGUGAUUAGUGUGUGAUUUAAGAAACAGCAGCGAUUACAUUCGUAUGUGAACCAUGUGUUUUGAUGGGUUUUGUGAAGUAUUAAAAAGUAAUUCAUGCGAGCUUUUAACGCGCGAAGAGAGAAAGCUCGUAGUCGCUUUUCGUAGAGAGCGACGAUUACUGUUCAGUAUUUAAUAUUAUUGUUCCCUCUUGCAUGAUUCUUGCGAGAGAACUUUAUCGUUGUAUGUUGUGUAGGUGGCAGAAAAAAUUCAUGUGCAUUCAAGUUGCAUCACGUUUCUAGCAAAAAAUUCUAGCGAGAACCUUACUUUUCCGACAAUAAUCAUAUUUCCUGCAUAUAUGCUCACAUCUGUGUACACGACUGCGAAUUGUAAGGGAUAAAUUCACGAAGAUCGAAUGGAUAUAAUUUUUGAAUGCAACUAGAACGUUAAUUAGCAUACAAUUGAUAAUUGCAUUUAUACUUUUAUCUCGAAAUAAUGUACGUUAUUUAUUUCGCGAAACAGGAUGCAUUUGUUUCUAAACUUUGUAGCAUUUGUCGACAUAAAUAACAUUGCUUAUAUAAUAAGCUCAUGGGGUAUCUAAGAGCUUUUCCCCGCAAAUUCUCGAGUGUACACGAAUUUGAUUAUUUAACAAGUCAUCUCAUCGAAGGUUUCUCGAAGUUCACGGAGAAUCUAGUCAGGAAGAAGCUAACUUGAGGAGUAUUUUCGAAUAAUUUAUGAUAAUAGUAUUAUACGCAGAGCAAGAGUACCUGUUUGAAUAAUUCCUAUACUAUAUUUUUCUUUAAAUUGAAUUAAUCUUGAAUUUAAUUAAUUAGACUACGAGGCAUCGUCGCAUAAAGUAAUCGUAUUCACUCCGUGGCUAGUGUCAAUUCGAAAAACAACGACUUCCGCUUUGAACACUAGUCUAGCUCAAAUGUAGCUCAAACUUGAACGGACCUUGGUCUAGAAAAAAGACAGAGGCACUGAAAAGACAAAACGCGGAGCAAAAUAUAUAUAUAUGAAAAAAAAAACGCACGUAAUAUAUAUGUAAAAAUCACAAUUGAGUCGCCACAAGGCAGAUUUAACCAUCGCACUCGAACGGUUCCUACAUUAUAAAUUAUUCACAGUGCGCACAAGCAGCAACUAGAUAUUUAGAUAAUUAACUUUAAUUAAAUAAUUAGUCGAAUGACCGUACAAUUCAAUACCGAGAGAUCUUGAAUAAUAUCUUGAAUAAUUUUGAUUUCUUCUUUACCAUGUCUUAGUAAUAUUUAUGUAGAUUUAUAUUUUUCAUUUUCGAUAUUAUUUUAGACGGGGAUCAUUAAUUUUCACACCAAUCGAUAUUUUAUGUAUGUAUUUAAUACAAGUUACUUAAAUUAAUUAAAAUUCCAUUUUUAAUCGCUUUAUAUAAACGGUUCGCAGAAAAAAGCAUAUAUACAUCUGGUAUUAUAGUAUUAGAUCGAUAAUUUAUUUAUAUUAUUUAAAUGUCACGUAAACUUAAAUUUUUUUUGUAAGUUCGAGAUUGACAUUAAUUUAAUGAUGUUAAUUUAUAUAAUAAUGGAGAAUUUCAACGAUAUUUUUAUUCGCAAUUGUUAAGUUUAUUAACGAUUGGUGCUGCUUGUAACGAUUGGUGCUGCUGUACGACGUAUAUGAAUAAUUAUACGGCGACAACGACGAACUCUUGAUUUUCGAACGGCCAGGAUAGUACCGAAUAAGUACCGAAAUAUAGAUACGUAGGCAAGUGAAAAAGGGCGCGAAAGAAUAACGCUCGAUGUCGAGAUAUAUAUAUAUAUCUAUAUAUAUCCGUGGCGAAAUAUGUGAUAAUUAAAUGUCUUUGAACAUACCGUAAUAUUAGAGUCCCUCGAUGUGUGUGCGUGUAUUUAAUUACGUACGACGUCUAUUUUUAAGCGACCUCGAUCGAUAUUUUUUUGUCCGCCCUAAAUUCAGUAAUAAAUAUGAGAUGUGUUAUUACUUAUUCUCUCAAUAAUUGCCCGUUGUCAAUCUAGAUAGCACGAUGAUUUGUAAAUAAUAGCAUGUACGAGAACAUUAUGAUACUCCUGUAUGUAAAGAAGAAAGAAAAAUGUCACCGCAUGUAACGUUGAAUUUGUCGAUCGUGAUAGGUAACAAGGCUAUGCGACACAGUAUUUGCUUCGAUACGUAAAUUCGAUUCAAGUAAUCGUUAUAUCGGAACAAGAAAGAACAAUCAUUUUUUACAGUUCUUUUGAUAUUUAUGAUAUGAUUAUCUGAGAAAUUACACAUCACAGUUUUGAGAAAUUUGAAGUUAAAUAGUAAAAAAGUAUUAUUUUUUUUAACGCUAAUAUAUAUUUUAUUUUGCUUUAAAUUAUGCUAUAUAUAUAAAAAAAAAUUUUGUUCUCCGUAAAAUUAAAUAUGGAUAUUAGAAUUUUCUAAAAAAAAAAAUGUCUAAAGAUUAAGAUUAAUAAAAUUUUUGUGAUCAACUAUGUGUCUCUAUAUAUUAUGUCGCGGGAAGAUUAUAAUUAAUUCUACGGUUGUAAAAUUAUUUUAUAAUGGUUAGUUAUUAUCGCAAAAUUUUUUAAAUUGGCAUCAUGGUAUAUUAAUUUUUAAAUUUAUCAAUUUGAAUUUGUUAGUUUUGACACUAGAUUUGUAUUUAUUGUUAGCGAUAUAAAGAAAAAUAAUAUUUAUAUUUGAAUAAAUGUAAAACAUUAAAAAAUAUUUGAUAGACUAUCUGUGAUGUUUAAUGAUUUAAUUUACAACUCUCUCAUAAUAGACGCGCAAUAUGUUUAAUAAAAAAAAUUUAUAAUCUUAAAAAUGAAAUCUUAAUUAAUAAAAGUUUAUUAAUUUUAAUGUUUACAUGUUCUUUUUGAAAAUCAAGCAUUCUGUGAUGCAAUAUAUUUAAUUUUAGAUAGAAUAAAACUUUUCCGACACGUAUUAAACUUGCGUAGCUAUAACAUAGUAAAGUACUUUAAAGUAGCCAUUUUUUUAUAUGACUCUACCCUAAAAUUAUUUAAUAUUGUGAUAUAACACAGCAUUUUGUUAGCCAAAAUUGUAUUCUAAAUUUAAAAUUGUAUUAUAAAAAACUACAAGAUUUAAUGACUCUCUGUCUUGGGUUCAGAGAAAAAAAAAAAGUUAAUUUUUGUCGAACCGUAAUAUCGUUCUAUGUAACUCAUUUCGAAAUCAGAGUCAUUACUCGGCUCGUGAUAUCGGAAAGAUCAAUAUUGAACUCACAACAGAGUAUACACUCAGUGCACAUGUUUAAUGCAUAUAUUGACUCGACUUUAUAUACCGAUUUCGAAAUCAUAGUUAUAGCGAACUGAAUUCACGUAUUAAUUUCGAAAUCAGUUGUUUCGAUGUAACAAUUGUGCGGAUCGAUUUCACGCAUCGAUUUCGGAAUCAAAUACUACUUCGCACACUCUUAGUAGAUAAUGCAUUCAAAUCAAUAAUAAAAAUUUGUAGAUAAAAACGUGACGGAGAAAAAACGUGGCUCGUUCGGGCGGAAGCGCGCUUAUUAUUUUUUUUAUCGAGCGAAGCCUGCGCUCAGCGAGUUACGAUUAGUGCCAUAAUGUCCUAAGAAUCGUGAAGAUUAAUCAAAAAUCGUGUCAAGUCGUCUUAACCGUUACAAGUCCACGCGUACAUCAUUUUUCUGCAUUUAAAAACGCGACGGACACUUCACACAGAAAUUAUUCUAAUAAUUUUAGGUACGCAUUCGCGCAUAAAAGUUAAUCAUGAUACAAAAUUAUGCAAGUACUGGUAAUUGUUCGUAAUUUCGUUGUUUGAAGAAAAGAAUGUGAGUUUCUGUCAAGCCAUUUUUUUUUAUGUAUGUUCUUAUUUUUAUGCAAUAAAUCGCGACGACUGAGAUUCGACGAGUAGCUCAUUUUUUUUCUUUUUUUUCUUUAAUGACUUGGAAUGUUCCAGGAUUCCGUUCAUGCGUUUUGAAUUUUGAAUGAUAUUCUAUUGAGCGCAGCAAUUAAGUUCCAUGUGUUCGUAUCAUACAAUUGUAUCAAUAUUUAUGCGCGUUCCUGACCUAAGGAAUAAAAACGAACGCUAUUCU